AAUGCAGGAUGCGCCCUCACCGUGAAUGGGUCCAUGGAUACUGGGUCCCACCUCUUCCGUCUCAAAUGGAUAACAAUAUCCAAUAUACAUCAAGCAAGCCAAAGAAACUCAAAGCUGACGAAACCUAUAAGGAGCAGCCACCUGAGAUGGUGUCGAUGACGAAUACAGGAAAUUUAAGAUUUAAGAUCAAAUAUAGCAGGAGACAAUUAAAAGAGUCAAAGUUUAAAAAAGGCAGAAUGGUGGAAGUCAGGGAUGAGGAUGAAGGUUACGAAGGUGCUUGGUUCGUUGCUACUAUUGUUAGCUCAGUAGGAAAAGACAUGUUUCUUGUAGAAUAUAGGGACCUCUUAGCAGAUGAUGGAACUCAUCAGCUCUUGCAAGAAGUCGUCUAUGAAAAAUUCAUAAGGCCCUGUCCACCUGAAGUUCCCUCUGUUAGCUCUUUCAAACAGUUUCAAGAGGUUGAUGCAUGGUAUAAUGAUGCUUGGUGGGAAGGCGUGGUUCUUGCAGUGGUAAAUAGCAGCGAGUAUUUUGUUUCUUUCAUGCACAACGAUGUUUUGAGAUUUGAAAGUUCCAAGCUAAGACCACACCAAGACUGGUUUGAUGGAAAAUGGGUCAUGGCAUCUAAGGGGUCAAGGGAACUGACAAAGAAGUUUGGAGAUGUGAUGUCAAAAGCCAAGAAUCUCACCGGUAAUAAAAUAAUAUUGAAAUGUCUGAAAUCUCUCGAGCCAGAGCUGGAACAGAUGCCAAGAAUUCUAAUGUCAGGGUCCAGGAACAGCAGCAUUCAGUUUGCAUCGCAUUUAUAUAAAGGUGCAAAGGUAGAAGUCAGGAGUGAUGAAGAAGGUUACCAAGGUGCCUGGUACACUGCCAUCAUUGUUAACUCUUUACAGAACGGCAAAUAUGUGGUGGAGUAUCUCACCCUGAAAACUAACGACUUAACCGAACAACUGAGAGAGGAAGCAGAUGCUUCAGAUAUCAGGCCAGUUCCACCAGACAUUCAACAUCGCCAUCGCUAUGUGCUGCGUGAAUGGGUUGACGCUUGGUACAACGACGGAUGGUGGAAAGGCCAGGUAUGCGGUUUCGCUUGCUUCAGGUAUAGUGUUUACUUUUGGCCUACAAAGGAGCAGCUGGAAUUUGAACAUUGUCAUCUAAGGCCUCACCAAGAAUGGAUUGAUGGAAGAUGGGUACAUGCUUGAUGCUCCUUUGGUACAAGGCCGUUGAUCAUCACAAUGUGUUUAUAUUUACUUAUCGUGCAGGCAAAUAAGAAUGCACCUUUAACCUUAUGCUUGCUUUUUGUCUGUUCAU